AUGGCAGAACUACUCCCUUUACAGUAUUCUUCAGUUCCUCACGACAAAAAGACAAUUCAUCAAGAUCAACCUCAAGCUACAAACGCUACUACUACAACCAACACAACAUCGACAGCUAAAAGCAUUACUAAGAUGACGAGAAGAAACUCAAGCGCGUCCUCAGACGCCUCAGUACAGCCGGAGAGCGCCCCAACCUCGCCCAGUCUGAGUCGAAAGAGCACCGAAUCUUCUCAUCUAGAACGGCGCAAUUCCAGACUCGGCGGCGUGAUGGAUCAAAUCCGAGAAACUCUCUCUCAAGAACAAGAGCGACUCUUUGGGCCCCGCAAGUCAGCUCAGCAACACCGACAAUAUCAAGCCAAGGUCGGUGAGCAUCUUGAGCACUUGCGCGAGCAAGACAAAGCCGACCGAGCUCGCGCCGAACAGGAAAUGAUAUGGGAGGACAACAACAAUGGUGCCAGCCCAGCAGUACAAGCCCGUAAGUCGUCGGAAUUGAACGAGAAUUCCAUGGGGGCUGCUUCCGAGAAAGGGCUGCAGAGACAGUGGAGUUGGGGCUGGCCAGGACUUGGAACUAGCCCAGAGGCAGCAGAAGGUGCAGCAAAGCCUCGACGACUGAGUCAUUCUGUGUCACAUAAUCCUGCCCUGGAGCACAAGGUGGAAGAAGCAGCAUACGAAGCCAUCGAUAGUGCAGCCGAAUCCGAGGGCUACGGAUGGCCCGGCCUCGGUGACUUCCCAGUUUCCAAGAAAUCAUGA